GGUGGCAGCAAAGACAAAGGCGACUCCAGGUACGUCGUGCGGGAUCUAGCGAGACGUCAAGAAUGGAGACGCCACCGUCUGCAGACAAUGAUCUAGCAUCGUUGAAGAGAAAGAUAGAAGAAUUGGAGGGCAAGGAGAAGGAGAAAAAAGAGAAGAAGGUGAGCGAUGUGGUAAAAAAGAUCCGCAAAUUGUGUAUGCAGAAGGAAGUUAACAACUCUGAAUUGAUUUCAAGAUUGGACGAUCUAACUGAACUGGCAAAGAAGACAAAGCAUAAGGACCAUGAUCUUUUUGAGGAGGUAUCAAAGUAUACGUCCAAAUACUCGGAUAAAUUGGAUAUCUCUAAUUUUGUAAUCACAAAUUUGUCUUCUUCGGGUGACAAAGUAAUGAAAAGUUUGGCCAAGUGUUUAAAAGCAAGUGAAAAAUCAAAACCAGUUUCUGAGGCUAAAGCCAAGUCUGAGAUUGGGGAAAAUUCUCAACAAGGUGGACAACAAAUCUGGCAAGGUGGGCAAGGGCAAAACUGGCCAAUGCAAUUUCCUAUGUUUGGGAUGGGUCUUUCAGGAUACCAACAAAAUUAUUUCCCUCGCCAACGAGGUAGGGGGAGGGGAACUGGUCGUUUCAAUAAUAGUUACAACAAUUACAAUAAAGUAUGCGAUUUUUGCGGAAUUUCAGGGCAUCUUAUUAGAACUUGCGAGGCGAUGAAAAGGGCAAAGCCUCAGAAAUAA